AAGUAUUUGUCUAACUACUUUAGAACUACUGACGGAACAUCAUUUCUGUUAGGUAAUUUCUCCUUUUUUGUUUAUCUGUAUCAACCUAAAUUAGAAGGCUAAUUUAGUGCAAUUUCUCUAGGGAGAAUACUUAUUCCUCAGAUAUUCAUGUUCUUGGAGACAUAACAGACAACAUGAAAAAGGCUGAAAGCCAAAGCAAUGCUUCCACUCCACACUAUCCAAGGUCACCAGCACUGAGUGCCCGCCGCAUGACUAUUGACUAUAGCCGGGAUUCUGAAUUAGAAAACAAUAUUGUUAUGUCUAUCAGUGAAAGUAUCCCUGCAGAUCUGUCAAAAAGGCAUCGUAGGAAAGGAUCUAGAACACCUUCUGUGGCAAUUUCUAGGACAUCUUUAUCAUCUGAUCGUAGUAGAUCAGAGAGAGAUCUCAGCGGAUCCUUUUCAGAAGGAAAUGAAGAUACUUUAAGCUUAAGAAGUAAAUCUGUACCUGGAGCACUGGACCGUGAUGUGGACUACCUGAAUGAAGCAGAAGAGGAUAUGGAUGACAUUAUAGCCUCUGGCUUUUCAAAAAGGCAAAGUAAUUUGGCAAGUGGAUUUUCCACAAAUUCUCCUUCAAAUUCUGAAAGGAAAUGGAACUACUUAAAUGUUCCAGAAGCAGAUGGUGAUACUUUUAUUAAUUUAAUCUGUAGUUAUGUCAAAGCGUAUCUUCUGCCAGACAAGUCUCGCCAGAGCAAAAGGAAGACAAAAAUCAAAAGUAAUAGCACUGAUCCAGAAUUCAAUGAAAUGCUUAAGUAUGUCAUUAGCCACACGCAGCUUGAGACUCGCACUCUGCAACUUUCUGUCUGGCAUUAUGACAGAUUUGGGCGUAACAGCUUUCUGGGAGAAGUAGAGAUUCCCUUGGACUCAUGGAACUUUGAAAAUCAAGCUGAUGAAUGGUUCAUGCUUCAGCCGAAGAUGGAGAUUUCCACUGAUAUUGGGCUGCAGUACAAAGGAGAAUUAAUUGUUGCUUUACGGUACACUCCACCUGAGAGGAACCUAACACUUCCCCUAGGAGAGAUUCAAGGAAAGAAGAGUUCAAAGAAAGAAAAAAAGGCAACCUCUCAAAUACCAUCAGGAGGCAUAUUGGAAAUUGUCAUCAAGGAAGCCAAGAAUUUAAUGGCGGUGAAAUCAGGAGGCACUUCAGAUACGUUUGUGAAAGGAUAUUUGCUUCCUGACAACAACAAAUCUUCGAAGCAUAAAACCCAUGUAAUAAAAAAAAGUGUGAAUCCUCACUGGAAUCAUACAUUCACUUUUAGUGGCUUGAACCCUAGAGAUAUACACAAUGUCUGUGUAGAACUUACUGUUUGGGACAAGGAGUCUCUCGCCAGCAAUAUUUUCCUGGGAGGUGUUCGCUUGAGUAUUGGAAGUGGUAUAAGCAAUGGCAAAGAAGUUGACUGGAUGGAUUCUCAAGGAGAAGAGCGACUUCUUUGGCAGAGAAUGAUUGAUUGUCCUGGAGAUUCUGUAGAAGGUGUAUUAAUGCUGAGAUCCAGCAUGGGGAAACGCAGACUCUGAGGAGUAUGGUUUGCAUAACACUGACAUUACAGUAGUGUGAUUUUAAAUUGUAAUAAGAUGUAAUGGAGACUGGUCUCCUGUCAUGAUUUGCACAUAUAAACAUAAGGAAGUUUACUUUUACUCUGAAUUUAAAUUUUCUGAAAUGGAUUGUGAAUGCAUUCGGCACUUUCCUAAAUCCAUACUGUAGCUCUUGUAUUAAUUUACCCAGGCUAAAUCAGUAAAGUCAUCUCCAAAACAAGAUUUGCUGAGUUGUUAGAAUGAGGUCAUAUAAUACCCUCUACAGAACAUGUCUCAGACAUUUCCUUUAUUAUUUCAAUAUGUUUUCUCAGAAAAGAUAUAUCAGUGAUUGAUAAAUUAAUGAAAAGUCAUUGAGGCUAGUUCAUUAUAAUCCCAUUUCAAAUAAGCCUAAUGAGUUUGGGAAGUGAGCGCCAGGAUUGAAGGUACGCUCUAGGAGUAAUUAUAUUCCUACUUUUCUCAGGCUGCUAUCCACAAAUGGUUCCUAAUAGAUUUUGUAAUAAAGAGUUAGAGAGUCUCAAGUUACCUGCUUAUAAACAGAAUGGCAUGGGUUAGAGGUAUUGUAUUGCUAGUAUUGCUAAUAAUAAUCUCUAUGGAGUUGCGCCUUUUGCAUUUCAGCACUUUCUACAAAAGUGAAGGUAUAAAAGUAUUAAAUAGCCACUCAAAAGGAAUAGGUGAUGUCAUAUUUGAUGUUCUACUGUACAGAUUCUUCAAUGUUUUUGUU